GCAGAGAUGCAUCACGCUGGGAGUAAAGUUUAAUUGACUAAUUACUAAUUAGACGCGACUGUUCUCGAUAUUAUACAAUGACGUCAACUAAAACUCAUUAUAUUUCCGAGGAUCGACCGAGACUGUCGGUCGCCAGCACGUGAUGCCGAUUGCAUCGACAUGGCGUAAUCUCUCGUGAUUGGGAACUCUCAAGAAAUUUAAAGAAAACGGAAUUUGUAUAAGUACUGCGUGAGGAAACAUUUAUCUUUUAACCCUCGUUAACAAGGAAAAUUAGAGCAGCUCAACACUUUCAGAUAAAUCGUUCAAUAUACGUAAUGUGCUCUUGCUUCAGACGAUCUUUAUCAUUACAUGAACCAUCCGUUUCUCGAGGAAUUUCAAAGAAAUUUUUGUGUUAGCUUCGUUAAAUAUUUAUCCUUGAGGAGACUUCAAAGAGAUGUUAUUGUGAAAACAACAAAUUGCACUGAAGAAAUAUUUAAAACAAAGAGGAAAUCUGAUAAUCAGAAAAUCAAUCUCCUGACAAAGAGGAAAUCUGAUGAAUAGAAAAUUAACUUAAUCGAGGAAUAUUACAGUAUUGUAAGAUAUUAAAAGAAUUAUAAAAAAAACAAAUGUAUAAUUUUGUAACGUAAGUGAAAAGGAAACAUCGAUAAGGUAAACAGGGAAGAAGAUAUAAUCCAGAUCUGAUAAUCCAAAACCUUUGUUAUCUCUAAGCUAAUAAAUUCUCACAUGUGAACGAGUUAAAUUCAUAACUCUACUCUAAAGAAUUUAUUUUUUAUCGAGGGAAACUUUUAUUGUAAAUAUACGAAUCUGUCAGGGUCUGAUAACGUAUGAUAAAAGAUCCCCCUGGACGAUAACAGCACGUAGUAAAUUUAAACGUGACAAAAAGUACACGUGAGAUUACGCAAAGUUCAUCUCUUAUUAUCUGUUGCACGAGGUGAACAUAUCGAGCGCAUUUCCUUCGGAACGAAGGAGGAAGGCAAAACGAAAAUAGAUUUUUGAACAAUAGCCUCAUUGACAGCAACGAUUCUUACGAAACGCGAAAAGUUCGUGUAUCGGAGCUAACGAGUUUGUCCCGCCUUUAUUGAUACAGCUUACAUAAUCGCGUCAGAGGCUGCUCGUGUAAAUGAUGACCUUGGUGAUCUUUUACCGGUGGACCGUCAGCUUGGCUACUUCGAGAAAGCGAAGUCGGAGAUGAUGCCGAAGAGGAGCUGACACUAGUUUCGAUCGGAAGACGAGACUUCUUGGUGCUUUGGGAAAUGCCACGAGCUUUCUGUCGGCGAAAGUGCGAAUAUAGCACUUGAAGUUGAAAAGUUGAGUAAAAAUAUCAAACAGAGUAAUCGCGUGGAACGUGAUUCACAUGCCGGAUGAGAGAUGACUGUUAGCUAUACCGCCGAGGUAGCCACUUGCAGGGGCCUCGGUUGCUUCCUCAAGUUGUUACUCAGAUGGCGGGCGAGCAUUUACAAACUUGUCUGGCUCGACCUGACGCUUUUUCUCUUCAUCUACUAUGCUCUAUCUGGCAUCUACAGAUUGCUAUUAAACGAGGAGCAAAAGAGGGUAUUUGAGUCUGUGGUAGCGUACUGUAACGAGUACAGCGAUUUGAUACCACUAUCAUUCGUCCUGGGUUUCUAUGUCAGUAUCGUCAUGACCAGAUGGUGGAAUCAAUACAUGGCUAUACCAUGGCCCGAUUCUAUUGCAGUCUUCGUAUCGUCCACUAUACACGGGAACGACGAGCGCGGUCGUCUAAUGCGUCGGACGAUCGUUAGGUACGUAUGCGUCUGUCUGACUAUGGUUCUAACGAACGUCGCGCCGCGUGUAAAGAAGAGAUUUCCCACUUUAGAGCAUUUCGUGGACAGCGGCUUGUUGUUGGAAAAUGAAUUAGCGAUAUUUAAAAGUCUAAAUGCGAAAUUUCCGAAGCCAAGUAAGCAUUGGCUGCCGAUAGUUUGGGCUUCCAGCAUUGUGACCCGCGCCCGCAAAGAAGGGCGAAUACGUGACGAUUUUGCAGUAAAAACUCUCAUCGACGAACUUAAUAAAUUUCGCGGGAUGUGCGGCAAUAUAUCGCACUACGACACAAUCAGCGUUCCGUUAGUGUACACUCAGGUCGUAACAAUAGCUGCAUAUUCAUAUUUCUUGUCUACCGUAAUGGGUCGUCAGUGGAUUCAAAAUUCAAACUCAAACUCGACUAUCGACUUGUAUUUCCCGGUAUUCGCGACAUUGCAGUUUUUCUUUUAUAUGGGCUGGUUGAAAGUAGCCGAAACACUAAUCAAUCCAUUUGGCGAGGACGACGAUGAUUUCGAAGUAAACUGGUUAAUCGAUCGCAAUUUGCAAGUAAGCUAUCUAAUCGUCGACGAGAUGCAUCACGAGCAUCCCGAACUCAUACGCGAUCAAUAUUGGGACGAAAUAUUCCCUAUGGAAUUACCGUACACCGCCGCGGCGCAACCCUAUCGCGAGGAACCCCCAGAACCCUCGACAGCCGGCAUACAAUUGUCUGCCGCGCAACAAGAAUUGCAACCAUCAUCGGUCAAAAUCGACGAUUUAGCGCCGGAUGAUCAGAAAUUCCGCACCGACAUCGCCGACGAUGCCGCAUCGGGAAUACAUUUCACUGCGAGUGGAAAGCUGUCCCGAAGCAAUACAGACAGCACCGAGAGAUUAAUAAGGAGCGCCAGCAGAGUGAGCAAUCGAGAUCGCAAUCUCAGUGGUGGUUCAACUCCUAGCAAUUUGGGUGAAUCACUCUCGAGGGUUGCCAGCGUUACAAGUGUACUUAAACGACUGUUUAGUAAGGAUGACAGGACGGACGGAGGUACCACAAGUGCCGCCAAGACCUCGGGAAAGAUGCCGAGCGUCGGUUCAACGGCUUCGUUACAGAUACGACCACAAGGUGCAGGUGGCUCCAUGAAAAUAGGCGUUAUCGAGGAAGUUGACGAGCAGAUGACACUGACAUCGUUACGACAAUCAAACGACAGCAGGCCUCACGUACAAAGUAUAUUUGCGCAAGGCCCGCCACCACCAAGUGAUCCCGUCGACGUUCCUGGCGCACAAUCUCACAAGCGUGAGAUGGUUUCCAGAAGUGCACCUGCACGCGGAGGAGCUUUAACAGUAGCCGGCAGUAUGGAAUCUACAUCCGAAAAGCGGACUGUUUUCAGGACACAGGAAUCUGCACAAUCGAUGAGAUCGAACAUUUUUGAACCGGCAAGUUACACCGGUAGCGGGAUAAACGACGACCUGCCCAGUAUCUCCUCCGGCUCUACGACAUCCAGCGAGAAUGCCACUAGUGAGUUUACGAAAUUGAAAACUGAAAGGAAGGAGCAGAGGCGUCGUAGACUCGCUCGAAGUGCUAGUAUUCUAAAUGGAAGCGAAUCAAGAAGUCCUCCUGAAUCGGAAACCCUCCUACUAACAGAGUUAGCAGACGCGUCGCGGCAAUGUUUGAGAGAUAGACGCGACGAAAGUGAUCAAACUUAGAAAAAUACGUUGACUUUACAUCAACGUUAUUUCGCCUAAAUAAGCCUUCAUAACAAGAGGUUCGAUCGAAGUAAGAAAAUAGCGUGACAAUACAUCGUCGUACAAAUGAUACGUGUCUUUGAUGACGUACUUAUGAAACAAUAUCUUGUGAAACAAAUUUGUCAUUAAAUAAACAAGGAUAUAUUGUUACGUCAGAGAUGUGUGAAUCAAGAUUUUUAAUAUAUAUAAUAUAUUAAAUCGCCGAAUAUAUUAAAUCAAAUUGAAUUUCAUUUCUUUAUUCGAAUUUGAUAAUAACUUUUAAUUAACAAUAUAAUUUAUUGUUAAGUUGGUUUUUCAAUAUACAGAUAAUAAAAAUGAUUUCCAUGUAAGAAAAAUAAUAACAAUUAUAAGAUAUAAAAUCAUUGUAAAUAUAAUUUUAUGUUGUAAAUAUAGAUGUGAUUUGCAUUCACACAAAACACUUAGAUUCGAAAUUUUCGAAUAGUUAUUUAUCAUAGAAAUUUAAAUCCGAAUCAAAUAGUUCACACAUCUCUAACACCUACAGAUUUUACAUUACAUACGUUACUCGUAUGUGUUAUAAAUUGUGAAAAUUUGCAGUUAGCAAUUUUUUAGCAUUCUUCUAAAGUCAGCUUUAACAACGAAAAGUUUAUAUAAACAGUUGAUAAGAAUAAUUUUUUAUAUGAGUAUACAUAACGCAGCAGUACUGUUGUACGAAAUUUUUUUGCGAGAAUUAGCUGAAAAAUUUUAAUGUCGAGAGACAUGAGAUAUAUUUUAUCCACAAAAAUUUCGAUUAAUGAAAAUUUGUUUAUGGUAAUUAAAAAAUAUUUCUUUUUGGAAAUUAUUUACAAGAAUGGAACAAAUAAAAUUAAGUUCAAAUUCAUUUGAGUAAAGGAUUAACACAAAAUUUUUUUAAAUAAAAUAUGCUUGAGAUUUUGUACUUUUUAUUUUUUUUCUUCAUAUAUGCUCAUUAUAAUUCUACAUAAAUUUUUACGUUUUAUCUUAAUAUUGCACACUGGUGUCUUAUUGUACGCUUAAACGACUUGACUGUUACUGGUCUUUUUCGAUCAACAUUCCUCAAUGUACACGAUUUCUUACGGUGCUCAUAAGCUAUUUGUUUUGCAGUAUUAUUGAAAUAAAAUAUUUUCACUAAAAUACGAUUAGUUUCUAUUUCUUACAAGAAUAUUAAGUGCCUAUAUGUUUUAUAUUAUAAUUGUCAAAAUAAAAUUAACAUGCUAAACA